AUGUUGCCAUCUCACAGAAAGAUAAACGAAGUUCAGGCUCAUGAAAUAGAUUUAGCAGAGGAUGCCGGAUUAUUUUCUAAAGCAACAUUUGAUUUUAUAAGUCUUCAAGCUGGCGGCAGAGUAAAUUUGGGUUACAUCAAGUUAGAUCAGAAGAACUACCUCCGAACAAAACGACAAGAAGCUAUAAGACAAAGGGAAGCAGGAGCGCUAUUAGAAUGCUUUGAGAAGAAGAGAAUUGACGACCCAUCUUUCUUUUCUGCUAUACAGUUGGAUGUUGAUGACAUGAUCACAAAUAUAUUUUGGGUAGAUUCAAAAAUGAUAAUAGACUAUGAGACUUUUGGAGAUGUGCUCUCAUUUGAUACCACUUACCAGAUGAAUAGAGAGCACCGACCCUUGGCUAGUUUCGUUGGAUUGAACAAUCAUAGGAAAAUGGUCGUUUUCGGAGGUGCUUUAAUGUAUGAUGAGACUUCAGAGUCAUUUCAGUGGUUGUUUGAGACAUUUUUCAAAGCGAUGUCCGGAAAAAAAUCGAAAAUAAUUUUUACAGAUCAAGAUGCUGCUAUAAGUAAGGCUAUCUCACUCGUGAUGCCUGAAGUUCAUCACAGGUUAUGCGUCUGGCACAUGGAGCAAAAUGCAACUAAACAUCUCAAUCAAAUUUAUAAAAGAUACGCUUCCUUUCGUGGUGAUUUUAGACGAUGCAUUUAUGUGUAUAUCGAUGAGGACGAAUUUAUAGAUGCUUGGAAUAGCAUGCUUGAUGAAUAUAACCUUCAUGAAAAUGAAUGGUUGCAAGGAAUAUAUGCAUUAAGAGAAAAAUUAUUUGCGUCUGAUUACAAUAUCGUGCAAUUUUUUAAGCAUUACGAUCGAGCAAUUGAGGAUAAGAGAUAUAAUGAAUUGCAAGAUACUUGUGAUGCAUCACAACGAUUUCCAGUAUUAAAAGCACAAGUCCAUAUUUUGGCUCAUGCUAGAGAGGUAUAUACAUCACAUAUUUUCGCAUAUUUUCAAGAUGAAUAUAUGAAAUCUUUGUCAAUGAAAGUGAAUAGAUGUGAGGACAACAAUUUAUCCACCAUGUAUAAGGUCAGCAAGCAUGGGCAUACUCGAGAGUAUAUUGUUAAGGUGACAGAGAUAGGCCAUAUAUCUUGUCCUUGCAUGAAGUUUGAGUCCAUGGGUAUACUAUUUUGUCAUACAAUAAGAAUUCUCGAUGUGGUAAGAGGAGUUAGUAGAAUUCCAACUGAGUACAUUUUAAAAAGGUGGACAAUAGAUGCAAAAGCCGAAGAUAUUAAAGAAGUUGAUGGGCAAGACAUAGAGAUCAACGAUCCGAAGUUGAUCACUACGAAUCGUUAUAGAGUUCUUUGUCCUAUAUUUGUUAAAUUGGUGACAAAAGCUUCUGAAACAGAUGAUGGCUAUAAGGAAGCAAUAGUGUGUGCAAAUGAGCUAAGUUCAAAAUUGAAAGAAAUCAUGAAGGUGGCAAAUUCAUCUCUUUGUACUAGCGGUUCGAAAAGAUUUAUCAGAAGCAAAUAA